CCCGGAAUGCAGAGACCGAAGCGGCAGCGGAGAGGCUCCUCCCGGGACUAGCGCCCAGACCCACCGCGCUCUCUUUUGUUCCAGCUACUAAAGACCUUGUAUUGACAGCCAUUUGGUGAAGUGGAAAUUGAGCAAGGAGAAGCCAUGCUGGAAACAAUAGAUACUCACCGGGCCCUCCAGGCAGUGGAGCGCCUACAAGCAAAAUUACGGGAACGAGGUGAUACAGCAAAUGAAGAAAAACUGAGUUUACUGAAAUCAGUGCUGCAAAGCCCUUUGUUCAAUCAAAUCCUGAACCUUCAGGCUUCACUUCCACAGCCAAGAGAACAGGUAAAUGUUUCACCCUUGGUACCCUCAUCUGGUGAACUCCUGCAGCUUCCCCAUCAUAGUACUAUCGUGGGUUCUUCAGUUCACAGUGAUUCCUAUCUGUCAGCUCAGGAGAAUGGCAACCUUUCUAGUGGGUCAGGAGUACCUGCACGGUCCACCACCCCUCAGAUUAAUGGGAAGUCCUUUGGUGAUGAAUUUCAACUAUUGAUCAGAAAUAUGGCACAGGGACGACUUGUGGAGACUAUAGAGCUUGUGAAACCUCCAAGUGGUGGACUAGGCUUUAGUGUUGUUGGCCUGAAGAGUGAAUACAGAGGUGAACUUGGCAUAUUUGUGCAAGAGAUUCAAGAUGGGAGUGUGGCACACAGAGAUGGAAGGCUGCAGGAAGCAGAUCAAAUUCUCGCUAUAAACGGGCAAGCCCUCGAUCAAACAAUUACACAUCAACAGGCUAUUGGCAUCUUACAGAAAGCAAAAGAUAGUGUCCAGCUGGUAGUGGCUAGGGGCUCUUUGCCUCAGCUCAUCAGUCCUGUUGUUUCUCGGUCUCCGUCAGCUGCUAGUACAAUCUCAGCCCACUCCAAUCCGGUUCACUGGCAGCAUGUAGAGACCAUUGAGUUGGUGAAUGAUGGAUCAGGUCUGGGAUUUGGGAUAGUUGGUGGAAAAUCAACUGGAGUGAUAGUCAAAACCAUCCUUCCAGGAGGAAUAGCUGAUCAGCAUGGUAGGCUGCACAGUGGAGACCACAUCUUGAAAAUUGGGGAUACAGAUCUGGCUGGAAUGAGCAGUGAGCAGGUGGCACAAGUCCUGAGACAAUGUGGGAACAGAGUGAAGUUGGUUAUAGCCAGAGGUCCAGUAGAGGAGCCAGUACCACCAGCAGUCCCUCCAGGCACACCAGUACAAACUUUCAUACCAGAUAACCAGAGACAAGAAGAGACACAAGUUGGAAAUGACACAGAUGGAACCACAUUUGAUGUAGAGCUUACAAAAAACAUCCAAGGUUUAGGGAUAACUAUUGCUGGCUACAUUGGAGACAAAAUAUCAGAACCUUCCGGCAUUUUUGUAAAGAGUAUCACAAAAGGCAGCGCAGUUGAACAUGAUGGCAGAAUCCGUGUUGGAGAUCAAAUUAUAGAGGUGGAUGGAACAAAUCUUCAGGGUUUUACUAACCAGCAAGCUGUGGAAGUUCUGCGGCACACUGGCCAAACAGUCCGACUUACAUUGAUUAGAAGAGGCCUUAAGCAGGAAAAUCACAUUCGGCCCCAUGAGGACGCCAGUGCUGCUGCUGAAAAGGAUUUAAUUUUCCAAACUAUGGAUAUUGGCACAGGGAAAGAAAGCUAUGAAAGAGAGCAGGAAGCUCCAUUGUUGACAUGCAGUUCCAGUGUGGUUCAUAUUGGAGAAGACGUUAGUCCACAGCAAUCAGGCUUUCAACUGUCAUCCACAGAAGAAGGAGAAGAGGCAUUGCUGAACAAGUGGCAGAGGAUUGUGGGGCCAAAUUAUGAGGUUGUGGUAGCUCACGUGAAUAAGUUUAGUGAAAGCAGUGGACUGGGGAUAAGCUUAGAAGCAACAGUGGGACAUCAUUUUAUCCGAUCUGUUUUGCCAGAAGGACCGGUUGGACGAUGCGGCAAGCUGUUUAGUGGAGAUGAAUUACUGGAAGUAAAUGGAAUAUCUUUGCUUGGAGAAAAUCACAAGGAUGUUGUAAAUAUUUUAAAAGAACUUCCCAUCAAGGUAGCAAUGGUGUGCUGUCAUGCAGCUGCUCCACCUGUUAGUCAGUCCAUAUUGGAUGAGUCUCAGAUGAUAGAGCAGUCUCAUAUAGAUCUUGGUGGACUACUUGGUUCUUCAGAGACAGAUGAUGCUGAUUUAGAAAUGGCUAAUAUCAGCCAGAACACUGAUGAUGUUCAGGGAUCUUCUUUGGCAAUGUGGGAAACAGAAAUACAGCAAAUAGAACUAGAGAAAGGGAGCAUGGGACUUGGCUUUAGCAUAUUGGAUUACCAGGAUCCAGUGGACCCUGCCAACACAGUGAUAGUGAUCCGUUCCCUUGUCCCUGGGGGAGUUGCUGAACAGGAUGGCAGUCUCCUUCCAGGAGACAGGCUCAUGUUUGUCAAUGACAUCAACUUGGAAAAUGGCAGCCUGGAGGAAGCUGUGCAAGCACUGAAAGGUGCACCCAUGGGAACAGUUAGAAUAGGAGUCGCUAAACCAUUGCCGCUUUCACCAGAAGAGGGCUAUGUUUCUGCUAAGGAAGAUUCCUUUUUCUACACUGCCCAGUCCUUUGAGGAGGAAGGGCCAGCUGAUUCAGCCCUCUUCCAUGCUGAGCUGGCUUUGGUGGAUUCAAGCGAAGCAGAUCUAGCAGAGGAUUCCACUUUUGAAUCACAGUAUUCCCCGGACAAUGAUGGUACCUUCCAAUCUUCAGUUUCAACUCUGCAAGGCAGCAAUUGUGCCGGUGACCUGAACUAUAACCUUUCACUACCCUCUUCAACUCGAAAGAAUAUUGGUAUAGACUCUUCAGAUGCUUCAAUCACUUACAGAUUAUCUGACCCAAACCAGUACAGCAUGGAUAUAAUGCAUAGAGGGAGAGAGAUCAAGUCCUCUGCAGACAUAUGUGUGGAGCAGUCUGAUGGGUUUACAAGAAAAGAUUCAACAAUACAUGCAUCUAAGAAACUAGCUGAACAUGAAUGUACAAGCACUUGGGGAGAACCUCUGCUAACAGCUGAAGUCACACAGCAUACAAAUGUAACUUCCAGGUUGCCUCUUGAUUAUACUGAAAAAGAUCAAGUAUUUCUGAUGGAAAAUAGUAGCCUAACAACUGGUGGAAGGAGUUCCACAGCUCUAAGUACAAGCAAAAACAAAUUUGAAAAGACUAUUACUAUUGUAAAAGGCAAUUCAAGUCUAGGGAUGACUGUAAGUUCCAAUAAAGGUGGCUCUGGAAUGAUAGUCCGCAGCAUUAUCCAUGGUGGUUCUAUAAGUCGUGAUGGACGGAUUGGUGUAGGAGACUGUAUACUGUCUAUUAAUGAAGAACCUACCACUAAUUUAACUAAUGCACAAGCUCGAGCCAUGCUGAGAAGGCAUUCUCUCAUUGGACCAGAUAUAAAAUCUUCUCCAACACCUGCUGAUGAUCAGGCCCCCUUUUAUGUCAUUACAUAUGUUCCAGCAGAGCAAUUAGAAGAGUACCAGGCCAGCUUAGGGCAGCAGUCAGAAGGAACGUUGCAACUAGAUAUUUUUUCUUCUCCUGCUGCCAGGAGAGAAAUUCCAGAACUACCAGAACGUGAAGAAGGAGAAGGAGAAGAAAGUGAACUUCAGAAUACUGGCUACAGUAAUUGGAGCCAGCCAAGGCGGGUUGAACUCUGGAGAGAACCCAGUAAGUCCCUGGGCAUCAGCAUUGUUGGUGGACGGGGAAUGGGAAGCCGUCUGAGCAGUGGUGAAGUUAUGAGAGGAAUCUUUAUCAAACAUAUUCUUGAAGAUAGCCCUGCUGGCAAAAAUGGAACCUUAAAAACAGGAGAUAGAAUAGUGGAGGUGGACGGGAUUAACCUCAGAGAUGCAAGCCACGAACAAGCUGUGGAAGCCAUACGGAGAGCAGGCAACCCAGUAAUCUUUCUGGUACAAAGCAUUAUAAACAGACCAAGGCCAGAAUCUCUCUAUAGCUUUUUAUCGUCCUCUGCUCACAGUGGGCAGAAACCUAAUAAUCCAUUUUACCAUCAGCCAUCCCAGAACCUCCCUAUGCCUUACCUGCAGCACAAUCCUUUCAGUAAGCUUCCUGUCUACAGCAGCACUAACCCUUUUGUUGAUCCUCUACAGUUCAACACUAACAAGGAUAUGCAGAAUACAGUUAGAUUUACCUUCAGUUGCUCCCCAUGUAACCCUUUUGCUCCUACACCAUUUAAGGCAUCCAGUCAGUCAGAUUCGGAGCCAGAAAAGACUUCAUCUUGUACCUUGCUGUUAUCUCCUCCUUCAGCAUCUCCAGAAAUGAGUGUUGAAGAUGUACAGCAGUCCUGCAGCAAAAACUUAGAAGAUUUGGAAGAUGAGUUUGGAUACAACUGGAAAAAGAUCACUGAGCGUUAUGGGAACCUGCCAGGAGAUCUUCAUGUGAUAGAGUUGGAAAAGGGAAGGACUGGCUUAGGACUCAGCCUGGCUGGGAACAAAGACCGAUCCAAGAUGAGUGUUUUUGUAGUGGGAAUCGAUCCAAAUGGAGCAGCUGGAAAAGAUGGGAGGCUGCAGAUUGCAGAUGAGUUACUGGAAAUAAAUGGACAAGUUCUCUAUGGAAGAACUCAUCAGAAUGCAUCCUCAAUAAUUAAAUGUGCACCUUUUAAAGUAAAAAUCAUAUUUAUCAGAAACAAAGAUGCUGUCAAUCAAAUGGCAGUUUGUCCUGGAAAAUCAGUAGAGACUUCUUGUGGAACACCUCAAAAUGAAGAGGAUGAAGUGAAUAUUCUGUGCUUUAGUUCAUCUAUAGAUUUGAGUUUAUAUACAAAUAUUCAGGAUAUAGAUUUACCUAAGGAUCAAGGCAUAGGUAUCGCCAUCAGUGAAGAAGACACAGUAAAUGGUGUGGUUAUAAAAAGUUUAACAGAGCAUGGUGCAGCAGGAAAGGAUGGCCGAAUUAAGAUUGGAGAUCAGAUCCUGGCAGUGGAUGAUGAAGUUGUUGUGGGAUAUCCUAUAGAAAAGUUUAUCAGUUUACUGAAGACACCAAAGCCUUCUGUGAAACUUACAAUCAAUUCAGUUGAACAGGAGAGUCAGCCAGCUGCCCAGCCACAAACACCAAUUUAUCACUCUGAUUUGGGGGAGAGACUAAUCCAACAACCAACAACUUCGGAUUCACCAGAACCAGAAUCAGUUAAAAAUACAAGCAGAUCCUCAACUCCAGCCACACUGGCCUCUGACCCAGCUACUUGCCCAAUUAUCCCAGGUUGUGAAACUACAAUUGAUAUUUCCAAGGGACGUACAGGACUUGGCUUGAGCAUUGUUGGAGGAGCUGACACUUUGCUGGGAGCAAUUAUUAUUCAUGAAGUGUAUGAAGAAGGUGCAGCAUCAAAAGAUGGAAGACUCUGGGCUGGUGAUCAAAUCUUGGAGGUAAAUGGAAUUGACCUAAGAAAUGCAACACACGAUGAAGCCAUAAAUGUUCUCAGACAGACACCUCAAAAAGUCCGAUUAACUGUUUAUAGAGACGAAGCUCAAUAUAAGGAAGAAGACAUGUAUGAUGUGCUUAGCAUAGAGCUACAAAAGAAGCCAGGCAAAGGUCUUGGCUUAAGUAUAGUUGGGAAAAGAAAUGAUACUGGAGUGUUUGUGUCAGACAUUGUCAAGGGAGGAAUAGCAGACUUGGAUGGGAGAUUGAUGCAAGGAGACCAGAUAUUGAUGGUGAAUGGAGAAGAUGUUCGAAAUGCUAAUCAGGAAGCUGUUGCUGCUUUGUUAAAGUGCUCAUUAGGUACAGUCAGACUAGAAGUUGGAAGAAUAAAGGCAGGCCCAUUCCAUUCGGAGAGGAGAACGUCUCAGAGCAGCCAGGUCAGUGAGGGAAGUGGCAGCCUGUCCUCAUUCAGUUUCCCUGGUUCUGGAUCCAAUCCAUGUGAAAGUUACGAAAGCACUCUGAAGAAGAAUUCAUUGGCAUCUGAAAUACAAGGAUUAAGAACAGUUGAAAUAAAAAAGGGCCCUUCAGAUUCCUUGGGAAUUAGUAUUGCUGGAGGAGUAGGAAGCCCUCUUGGUGAUGUUCCUAUCUUUAUAGCAAUGAUGCACCCAAAUGGAGUUGCAGCCCAGACUCAGAAACUGAGGGUUGGGGACAGGAUUGUUAGCAUUUCUGGAACUUCUACAGAAGGCAUGACUCAUUCCCAGGCUGUCAGCUUGCUAAAAAAUGCUUUGGGCACUAUUGAAAUACAGGCGGUAGCUGGUGGCGAUGUCAGUGUUAUAACCGGCCAGCAGCAAGAUCCACCACCUUCUAGUCUUUCAUUUGCUGGACUCACAUCAAGCAACAUCUUCCAGGAUGAUUUGGGGCCUCCACAGUAUAAAACCAUCACUCUGGAUCGAGGACCUGAUGGAUUGGGCUUUAGUAUCGUGGGAGGUUAUGGAAGCCCUCAUGGGGAUCUGCCCAUUUAUGUUAAGACAGUAUUUGCAAAGGGCGCAGCAGCAGAAGAUGGACGUUUGAAGAGAGGGGAUCAGAUCAUUGCUGUCAAUGGGCAGAGUUUGGAAGGGGUCACUCAUGAAGAAGCUGUGGCUAUUCUAAAAAGAACAAAAGGAACUGUCACACUCACUGUUCUCUCCUGAUCUCUUUCUCUCCAAAGAUUUAUGGUCAGCACAAUUACUCUAUCUGCAUUCCAUGUAGCAAAGGGAAUGGAAAUGUUUUAUGUAGAGUCUCUUGAAAUUUGCAGUUGAUGGGCUGUUUCACAUCAUGAAUGAAGAAUAAUAAAUGAUCUUAUUUUUAUACACAGUAGAAAUAUUGUAUUACCAUCAAACUAUACCAACGGCUUCUCUAGUGUAGAACAAUGAUAGGGGCAUUUGAGCAGCAAUAAUAAAAUUACUGUAGCAAUGAAACUGAAUAAAAGGAGGAAAAA